UAUGAUUACGUUGCGCACGUCAACCAGAACCAGGCCUGCAGAGAUGGAGGGAGAGCAUGGAGGCAGGAUGAGGAAUAUAGCGGUUUUCUUUCCGUCCCGCCCCCUGUCUCCGUAGCCCCGCCCCCAGGACCGCCCCUUAUCUUGGUCUUCAAGUCUAAGAGUCUCUUGGGGACCCGGCCCGGUGUUGGAGGUGCAGGAGAGCACGGGCGGCUUGGAGGCUGGACAGCAGCUGGAGCCGAAUAAUUUCCAAAAUGGCACCAGAUUCUAAAAGAAAUGAUUACAAUCAAAGCUCUCAGAAUGCUCUGUUGCCAGAUCUCCCUAAAGGCCCAUUAUGUAUUUAUAGAGCAAAAUCAUCCUUCAAUUGGAAGGAACUGUUGCUAUUCUUAGAUGGAGAAGACAUGAUCAUUUUUAAGAAAAGAAUCUUCUCAGCCUUUGAAAAUGAUCCUCUUUUUGCUCAUCACCCUGGAGAAGAAUUGCCUAUUGAGAAGUAUCGUGAACUAAACUUUCUGCGCUGCAAAAGACUGUUUGAAUAUGACUUUCUUAAUAUACAAGAGAUGAUAAAGAAUCCACUGAAAAUUUUCAUGCUGAUUAACUGCCUAGGAAUGUAUGAUUGGUCCUUAUCUGCCAAAUACUUUUUAAAUACAUAUGUUUUUGCUUCUACAAUUCAGAAUUCUGGGUCCCAAAGACAUAUGCAUUUUAUUCAGAAAACCUUAAACAUGGAGAUUUUUGGAUGUUUUGCUCUGACUGAAGUGAGUCAUGGGAGCAAUACCAAGGCUAUUCGGACAACGGCCCAAUAUGAUCCCACCACUCAGGAGUUCAUCAUCAAUUCUCCUGAUUUUGAAGCUUCUAAAUUUUGGAUUGGUAAUAUGGGAAAGAACGCCACUCAUGCAGUGGUAUAUGCCCAGUUAUAUACCCCAGGAGGCCAGUGCCAUGGAUUACAUUCUUUUGUUGUACAGAUACGAGAUCCAAAGACACUUCUUCCGAUGCCAGGAAUCAUGGUCGGUGACAUUGGAAAGAAACUUGGACAGAAUGGUUUGGACAAUGGAUUCACCAUGUUUCAUAAUGUGAGGAUUCCCCGAGAAAACCUGCUAAACCGAACAGGUGAUGUCACUCCUGAGGGAGUCUACAAUACUUCCUUUAAGGAUGUUCGACAACGUUUUGGUGCUUCAUUGGGUUCCCUUUCUACUGGUAGAGUUUGCAUUAUUGGAAUGUCUGUGGUGAAUUUGAAACUGGCUUUAUCAAUAGCAAUUCGUUUCUCAGCAACUCGUCGUCAGUUUGGACCAAGUGAUGAUGAUGAAAUUCCAGUUCUUGAAUAUCAAAUGCAGCAAUGGCGCCUGAUUCCUUAUUUGGCAGCUGCAUAUGCCUUAGAUCAUUUCUCAAAAACUUUGUUCGAGAACUUGAUAGAACUUCAAAUAGGCCUUUUACAAAAUGAUAAAAGUAUCAGACAGGCUGAACUUGGACGUGAAAUUCACGCGUUAGCAUCUGCUGGCAAACCUCUAGCUUCCUGGACUGCCCAGCAAGGAGCUCAGGAAUGUCGAGAAGCUUGUGGCGGACAUGGUUAUUUGGCCAUGAAUCAUUUGGGUGAUAUUAGAAAUGACAAUGAUCCAAACUGUACCUAUGAAGGAGAUACAUAAUUCCUGCAACAGACCAGCAAUUAUUUACUGAGAUACUUAGAAACAGACAUCAAAGGUUAUGUUUUUAAUGGAAAAACUAUCCUUAAUUUAGGAUCCAGGAUAAUUUUUAAAAUAUGUUCCAUUCUUAUCCGUGUUACUGUAUGUGUAUGUAUGCUAUAUAUAUUUGCAGGUGGAUAUUUUUCUGGUGAACAAGCAGGUAAAGUGAUAAAGAAUGCUAUUUUGGACCUGUGCGCAAAGCUGAAAGAUGAUGCAGUUGCCCUGGUAGAUGUCAUCGCUCCUCCAGACUUCAUUCUGAACUCACCAAUUGGCAGGGCCAAUGGCGAGCUAUAUAAAAACCUCUGGACCACUGUCCUUCAGGGAAAGAAAGUCCUAGAGAGGGCAUCAUGGUGGGCUGAAUUUUCUACCUAUAAACCUACCAUAGGAAGUUUGAAAUCAAAACUCUAGAUUGAGCAUGAAUGCUAAGGUACCACUUGGACAUUUAUCCUUGAGCACUUGCAUCCUUUCUACAAAGAUCCACUCUCGGAGGGCUAUCAUUCUGGCAUCCUAUUUGACUACAUACAGAAGACUUUGAACAGCACCACUAUUUCCCAGGACAGCACAUCUGUUCUUAUCAAUCAAUUCUGGACACACACCAAUCUUGUUUAGCAGUAUUUGCUUCCUUGCAUAGGAUAAUUUAUAAUUUACCGUUAUAAUUUUAUGCUUAUCAUGAUUUGCUACAUAAAAUGGAAACAUGGUAAAGUAUAUUGUCCUUGAUAAGUGAACAGACUAUUUAGAUUGAGAUUUACUUAGAUUAUUUGAACUUCACACAAUUUUUUUAUUUAAAUCUGUUGAUCAUAGUCACUCAUAUUAAGUGCCUUCUUUGUGAAAUUUAUUAUAAUAAUUCCUGAGGGAGAUAACAAAUAUAAAAAAGAAAAAGUCCUUCAAGGAACUUUUAGUCUAAUAGAGUCUGGAUAAAAUAUUUAUAUAGAUAAAAAUAAUUCAUCUUAGAGUAUGGUACAAGUAAAAAAAGAAUUCAAGAUGCUGUGAAAUAAAUGUAAGGAGACAUCACUUCCAAGUAGGGCAAGUCAAUGAAGACUUAAUGGAGGAGUUAGCAUUUGAAGAAUAUAACAGGGAGAGGUAACAAUGGAGAACAUUCCACAAGAGCAAGAACUUGGAAAGUGGAAAGUAUGGGGUAUGUGCCUUGUGGGAAGUUGGUGCUUAGCAAACAUUUAUUCCAUGUCCAGGGAUUCCAGGCCUUUGCUCUCUUCAAUCAAUCUGGGAAUGUCUACUUCACUGAAUUCCUUGUGCUGUUUGAGAUUUAUUCUAAAUCUAGAUUAGCUUCUUUUACCUAAUCAUUGCAAUUCAAUUUCAUUAAUCUGCACUAAAUAAGGAAACACAAAGUCUGAAUUAUGGAUUUGAGGAAGCAUUGUGGUUUCAUUGCUUUUAAGCAUUUAACUGGAACUAACCAUCAAGAAAAUGUCUUUAAGAAGAGAGAAGAAAUCUAGAGCUCAUUUGCUAGAUCAUUGCUAAUUUGAGACAUUCAUUAUAUUCCUUUGUUCCCUUCAUUCAUUAAACGUGUUUCUUCUCUUCAUCAACUAAAAUAAAUCUAUUGCUAUUUUGUUUAGAGUA